UCGAAGGCGACUGGUCACACUGUCUACGGCCACAUCAAAUCUGGGGGUCUGGCGUGUGACCCUGUUAUUUCUAUCUUGCAAUAAAAUAGCUGUGUAAUCUUCGUAAGGUAGUGCGUCGUUGAAAUAGUGAGCGAAUUGUAAAUUCUAGUGGACUAUAUGUGUAAAAUAUGGAACGCGCUACGGGAACAGAAGUGUACGGGUGUGGCUCCCCGCAGUCGACGGACAUAACGCUGAACAUACAAACGACGACUGGUGGUAAUUUCUCAAUCAGCGUGAACGGUAAACACACAGUGGAACACCUCAAGAAACUCGUCUCAAAGAAGUUAAAAGUGUCUAAGGAUCGGAUAUGCUUGUUGCAUCGCGAAAGGCAAUUGCGAGAGGGGACGCUGGAGGAGAACGGGCUUCUGGACGGGUCGCGCGUCAUCCUGCUGCCCAGCGUCGAGACGGGCUUGCUGAGUCAAAGACCCGAGAACUCCGUAAUGCAGGCGCUAGAGUCGCUCAACGACACGCAAGUUAACGACUUCCUCACUGGAAAAUCUCCACUUAAUUUAACCAUGAGAUUAGGUGACCACAUGAUGUUAAUUCAGCUGCAGCUGUCUACCUAAUCGGGUGCAGCCAGUGGCAGCCGUUCUCUUAGGACCUCCACACCCACCAAGAGCACCUCGGUUCGUACAAAACGAGAUGCCAGGGAAACCCCCAGCCCUCAAAGCACACCGGAAAAACCUUCAAACUCUGAAGAAACAGUGGAUACAGAGAAGUUAGGUCAGCCAAAACAUACACAUACUCUUGCUAAGAAAGAUUUGGAAAUGCUGCAAAAUGCGUUUGAUUUGUAUUUAGCUGAAGAAACUUUGAAAAAAGAGACAUGUGUUGAACAUGACUCAAAAGAUGAAUCUUUAGAUACUACAAAUUGUACUCUCUCAGAUCUCUCUGACACCUCUAUUGAGAAUGACCAGUCUCCUAUCAAGUCCUUAUCCAAUUUGGUUUCCAGUCCCAUUGACGCAUCUACCUCUGAGAGCCGAGAAGCGGCAAUCGCAAAUUCUGUAAAAAGUAGUCUGAUAGAUUUGUUGGCAAAAAGUAAAUUGCAUCAUGACAUGCUCAACGCAGCCUCCAGCAGCUCCUCCCGCGCGCCGUGUCCGGCUCACACCCCGGACAGCUCCCUCAGUGACGACAGUGAUAACUUUACUGACCAGAGCUCAUUCUUAGCUGAAAGCACCAUUGAUGAGUACCCUAUGGAAAACCUAUUCAACAGUGCAGUAGACAAAGGCCUGUUUGAGGAUCAAGACGAGUCUAUGAUGGAUAGAGAAAUCUCAAACUUGGCCACAACUAGCCAUGGCACUCCGGCCGCGUCCGGUGCCUUGCCUUCCUUCCAAAGCAUUGAACCUUUAAAAAAUAAGCGCUUCCAAUAUUUACUCCACAAGACACCUAAAUUCAAACAUCCUAUUGGUCAAAACAAACAAAAAGCCUUUAUGCAGUCUGUUGUGACCAAACAUAAGAAAAAGAUGCAAAAUCGGCAAGAUAGUAACCUUGUGCAGCCGUCCACCUCCCGCACUGAGCCUUUUAUAACUAACUCCAGGAAGCUAAUACUGCAGCCGAGUGCUCAGAGUGCAGAUGCAGACCUAGCCACUCCCUCUACUUCUAAACAAAUUCCAUUCAUAGCUCCCGACGCGCCCAAGAAGCCGCAGCGAGCGUCCCCCACCCCUCCCGUUGACACUAAAGCCCUUAUAGAGGCUUCAAAGAACCUCACGCAGAAGUUAAAGAAACUGUCUAAAGAAGUACUGACAAAUAAAAUAGAUCUCAGGACUGCUGAAGAGUCAGUGCGCUCGAAGGUGGGCCCCGGAGCUGUGAUAGAGUCCAUGAAGCAUCAUGGCAAAGGAAUAUAUUCGGGAACAUUUUCUGGCACACUUAACCCUGCUCUACAAGACAGAUAUGGCCGACCAAAGAGGGACAUCUCCACUAUUAUUCACAUUUUGAACGACUUGCUGUGCGCCGCGCCGCCCAUCGCUCUUGUUCAGAAGGAGCCAAAACACUCGUGUUCGACCGGCACGCCGGAGGAGACGAAGUGCUCCAGCUGCAGCCAGACGGGCUGCGCGCCGGCCCUGUGCCACAAGUGCGACACGGCCAAGGCGCUCGCCAGCGACAACUCCAAGACCAAGUGCAAGCUGGAGCGCCUGCGCCUCGUCAUGCAGCAGAAGAAGCAGCGCCGCGAGGCGCGCCGCCUGCAGGCGCUGCCCUACGCGCCGCCGCAGCCCAUCGCCGCGGCCGACGCGCCCGCGCGCUCCGAGGAGAUCGACGCAAGCGCCUAACACGAGCGCGCUGCGACCGCGCGCACCGACCGAGUCCACAUACAUUGUAAGUGAGAGCGAGUCUUUAAAGUUUCAAGGUCGCGGUGCGGUGAGGCCGUUUGUUAGCGCUCGAACUCGCCUUCGAAGCGUAUUAUGCCUAUAUGAUGUGCGUCGAAAUAAUUACUCCUCUCGUUUUGAAGGUUCGUUCGAGCCCUACCGCUCCAGAUUAUUUCUAGUGCUUAGUGACGGCCGCCAUUUUGUUAAACCGUUCCGACCGCGCGAUCGUUUCGCCGGAGUCCUCCGACUCGACAUAUGUAUAUAGCUCGCUUUGAAUCGUUUUAUGUUGGAAUCGUUAUUCGGCCGGUAGCGAUAGUAGUUUUGAUUUAACGACGACGUCACUAAACCUUUGAAUAUCUGUUGGAAGACGGUCAUGAAAAUGUUACACUCGGUUGCGGUUCGACUCUUCCCCGAUGGUUUCGGUUACCUUUGGAAAUGUUAAUUCGAUGGUGCUGAUUUUCAAAAUGCGAAUGUAUGCAAAUCAUUGAUUAUCUCGAGCUUGUAAAAUUGUGACAAGUACACUUUCGCUUGCUCUUUGACAAUGGACCGUGUUUGUGACGUGAGACGGUAGACUUAUAGACUGAAAGCCCUUCGUAUCGGAGCAGAAUGUGAGUUGUUUGUGGUGAGAGUAGCGUAGCUCGCGGUUGUGGAGAUUGUUCGGGAGCGAGUGCGGGUUAGACCCAUCAUAUUCUAAAUUACCGACGCCUAGGUUCCGACGUAGACGUCACGUCGAUAUAAGUGCUAUUAUACCCGUGUACAAAUGAUACAAGAUUGAAUAGCGAAUCACUAGUUGUAGUUAAAGGGUAACUGUUAAGGACCUCCCAUGUAGUUGCCUGGUGCGACGAUAAAAUUGAUUUUUGUUGUUAUUUCUUUUAGAUUUAUAUUUUAUUUUAUUGGUUCAACAACUGAUACUGUACCAGCUUAAUUGUAUGGAAUAACAUUAAUAUCGGUAGGGUCCAUUGGACAUUAUUUCUUUGGAAAUUGUAGCCUCCUCGUGUUUGUUUAAGUUAUGUAAUUCCUCAUAUACUUAGUAAAUUUCGAGCGCGUUUUAUUCCAUAAUUAUUGUAGUAAAUAAUCGGCACUGUUUUUGCUAUAGUUAUUUUCUUUGUUUUCUUUUUCUCCUAUCACGGAAAUGUUAUAACAUAAUAAAUUGUUUUUUUCUUACAUAUUCUUAAUUAUUUUAUUUUGUUUGAUGUGAACGCACGACUAGACGCUAGGAUGCGAGACACCAACGUUAGACCUCGGUAACGACCCUCCGCAGAUGCGAGGACAUAUACUAAAGCUUUGUAUAUAAUUAUUACGCAGAAAUCUAAUAGUAAUGUGCUUUUAUGAUCUAUAACCAAUUGCCUAUCAUUUUAUGUAAGGGACUAUUAUGAUCAACUGCCUAGAAAAUGCAUUAGGUGUAAUAACGGAACACUGUGAAUAUAAUAUGAACUCUGCCUAUGUAAACGUUGCAUAUACUAAAGUAAUGAUAGUUUAGCAAGGCAUUAACAAUAUUAAGCUACUUCAUAUAGCAUCAAUCAAUAUUUUAAGUUACAGAGUUAUAUUUAUAAUUUUAGUCUUCCGUAUGAAUGACUGCUUUCUUGAAAUGUGAAUCCCAUACUGGUAAGGGGCCAAGACUAUUAAUUUUCCUUAGAAUAACACAAGCAAUAAUCCUAAAGAUCCACAUCGUGAGAAGUGCCUGUCGUUUGUAAGGUGCGUUCAUGUACUGAUGUAGUGCCAUACGUGUGCCCAUUAAGUUUUCUUUAUUAUGAAUUUGAGGGAAUAUAUGGCACCAAAUAUUUCACCCUUUUAUGUAUUCAAUCUCUUACCAUACUGAUUCAGUAAAGAUCUCAAAUAUGAUAUAUUUAUGAGAUUUUUCUCGUUCGUGUAGAAUAUAUUAAAACUUUCAACUAUAUGCAGUUUUCAGACUAUUGUUACCAAUUGUAAAAUUAGUCAGGAUGCCUUUUCGUUAUAAGUUUUAAAAAUUCGUGAGUUGUUUUUGUCCUUGUAUUUGCAUGUCUAGUGAGGAGAAUAAAGUUACAUAACAAAAUACACAAGUCUGUCACUUUGCCCCUAGUUUUAGGUCAUCUCUAGUGAAAGUAAAAGAGCGAAAAUGUUCUAAAAUAUUUUAAUACACUGCAACUGUCAUGUGGUAAUACGUAACUAUUGUAAGAUAUAAACUAUCACAUCCCGGACCAACGGAAACUCUACGUGCUGUUCAGUGAAAAA